AUGUCAGCAACAAGCAGCCAAGGCGCAUCAUCGACAGCAGCUUCCACGUCUUACGCCGCGCAGCUUCCCGCAUCAGUGCGCGCAAUCUUGGGCGAUAAAGAUCUCGAUUAUCUGGCGGCGCAGCUCGGGUCGCAGCACGAGCGAUUGGUGACUUGCCUCAAGAGCGAGAGCAACUUGGCCUACUUCAAGGUUGCCGAUCUCAAGCUGCUUAUCUCCUACCUCAAGGGAAAGCUCAAGAAGAACAUUAAAAUCUCGGGAAACAAGUGCGAUCUCGCCCAGCGCAUUGCCGAAGAGCUCUUUCCGAGUGGCGGCGCUGGCUCUGACGACGGCGCUGGCCCCACUCAAACCACCCUCAGCGGUUACGGUGCCAUGCAAUCUUCGAGCAGCUAUGAAAGCGCUCCUCCAGCAAAGCGACCUCGCACUGCCCCGAUUCCUCAGCCUUCCGUCAACUACAAUGCCAAGCUGGUCAUCAUGCCGCCCAACUCGACCGUUAACGUCAAUCUGUAUAUGCACCCACCGCACUCCUAUCCGGCUGUGCCGCACGCGCCCACCAGAUCGCCGCCGCAGCUGUACAACGAAGUCACCUUCCAGCAGCAACAGAAUCCCUUCUACCGCGUUCUCAAGCAGGUCUCUGUCCUCUCCUUUGGCCCCAAGGGACGCACCGCCACCGAUCGAUCCCAACAAGUCCGACAUGUGUUCAACCUGGACCUCCCCACUCUGCAAGAACUACAAAACGGCAACGAGCGUAAGCUAGGCGUACACAUCCGAUUCUUCUCCACUCUCAAGCAGAGCGACAUCGCACUCGGCUACGACUCCAACCUGCGCAUCAACGGCAAGCCGGUCGAUCUUACCAAGAACUACAAGAAGAUUCGAUCCAAGCAUAUACAGAAUCCCUUUAUCACGCCCUGCCCGGCGGAAGUCACUGGCCUGGUCGGGCAGAGCAACAUGCUGGAGUUCUCCAACCAGAAGAACAUCUCGGGCGUGGCCGUGGUGCAGCUCAUCCAAGAAAUCACCGCCGAGGAGAUUAUACCCUCGAUCGCGAGGUCAUCACCCGAGUACAAGAAGCCGGCGUCGAUAGGCGAUGUUGAGGAAACCAAAGUGCUCGUGUCUCUGCGGUGCCCGCUUGGCUAUUGCCGCAUCGAGUACCCGGCCAGGGGCCUUCGCUGCAAUCACCUGCAGUGCUUUGAUGUGCGAUUUUUCCUUCAAUUCUGCCACCAGCAGCGGCUAUGGCACUGUCCGGUGUGCAACGGCUCCAUACCCUUCCACGAGUUGCUCAUCGACGAGUAUUUCAAUUCGAUUCUCAACUCGAUGGAUUCGGAGACGAUGAAGGCCGAGAUCCACCCCGACGGCACAUUCACCAAACCCGACAAGUCAGAGAAGAAGCAGAGGCUGGCCGGCUCGAAGCGAAAGGAGGUGGGAGUGCAGGAGAUCGAUCUAGACGCCGAGGCCACCAACAAGCAACGCGACUCCGCAGAAGGCGAGGCUUCGCCGGCUGCCGGUCUUGGCCAGGAGCUCAUCCUCCGCCCCGUGCGUCUCGAGAGGAACAGCGACGACGAGGACGACGACGAGCGCGACGGCGAUCGCGCUGGUUCGCUGGACGAUGACGACGACUACUCCGAAGACGAAUUCCGAGAGAGCAGCAACGGCACCACCAACAUCAUCAACACCAACACCGAUGACAUCAGAGACGCGCGGAUUGAGUCUUCGUCGGCGCCGGUCUUCCUCAUCGACGACCACCCGGCGCCGCCUCCGCGAAGCCUCGGUAGCAGCGCCAACGGCAACGGCACGGGACCCUCGGGCGGCAGCCAGGCGGACACCAUCGUGAUCGACUGA